GCAAACAUGGUUGUAGAACUUAAGAAUGUGGCGGAGUUUGACAGUUUGGUUAUCCAAGGUUCAGCUGACAACCAGCUCGUUGUGGUGGACUUCUCUGCUGAGUGGUGCCCUCCGUGCAAAAUGAUCGCACCAAAAUACGAAGCGUUAUCUAAAAAAGAGACCUCUGUUAAAUUCUACAAGGUUGAUGUGGAUGUUGCUGAUGAUGUAUCUCAGAAAGCUGGGAUAUCAUGCAUGCCUACCUUCAAGUUUUACAAGAAUGGAGAGUGUGUAGAAACACUCGAAGGAGCGUCUGAGGAUAAGUUAAAGGCUCUUGUUGCAAAGCAUAAAUAGAUAAUUGCUUUGAAAUAUCCUUAAGAAACACUAUUACUGUUACACAAUAUUUUUGAGAUGAAAAGUUGUAGUUUGGAAUUUUGUGUUAGCAU